UCUCAGUUUCCAUCAACUUGAUCAUCUUUUGCCGAAAUGUGAGUCUGAGAAACUUUCCCGCCGCGCUCUAGAAGACUCACACACCCGAAACGGCGCCGUAGUCACAUCAUACGAUCAUAGUCCUCCAGAGGCGAUCGAUCCCAGCUGUGAUGGCGGGCCUCCAAAAUACUGCCUAAGUGGGCCCAAAACGUACGUUUAAAUUCAUUCCUUUGAAACUUUUCCUAUUCAUGAGACGCAAAAGCAAGGAGGACUAUGGCUUAAGAUUUUCUGCUGUGCUUUUACAACAUAGCGAAAAUGAAUCCACAGCCUACGGGCGACUGGCGUCUAAAGCUGCGGGUGAAAAUCAUCCUAUAGCGCAGCCGGUCCAAACAAAUGAAGCAAACCACUGCUCUUUUGCCUGGCCCAACUCAGUUCGUACCGAUGGCACAAAUGCCAUGUAUAGCAUGGGUCAUGAGCAGGCUGGAAAAGCAUCUCAAACGCCGAAUUCGGACUCUGUCGUGCCUACCUACAACAUUCUUCUCCUCGGACAAACACAAGCCGGGAAGAGCACCUUCCUCCAGGCGAUCAGGGAAUAUGCUGACCCGAACUGCGAGAUCGACCAAGAAUCCAUCGGGAGCGGCAGCCGUUCUUGUACCACAGAGGUUCGAACUCAAGAAGUUGAGAUAGAUUUUCCGGAGUAUAGUCUUUACGACACCAAUCCUUCUCUCUACUUCAAUCCCACACGUUAUAAGGGCACCUUCUUUCUCUCACAGGAUACGCCAGUAGAGAAGGAAGUAACCGUUGCGGAUCUUCUCGGCUGUUCUAACCACAAGCAAUACAAGCAAAAGAUUGACUAUUAUGAUUACGAUCUUCGCAGAGACAAGCCCUCUCACUUACCAAAAAGCAAGAUCCGCGUCUUUGACACUCCUGGACUGAACGACACCAGUAGCCACGAUGAGAGGAACGUUGCGAAGAUCCUCUCCGCACUCAUCAACGCUGGAUCUGUUCAUCUUGUGCUUAUCAUGAUCGCUCGACAAACGCCACUGACCAUGGAGCUCAAAAAUGCACUGGAGACCUACUACAACAUCUUCUCAGCUAUGGGAAGCCUGAUCACGAUUGUUCAUACAAAAGUGGAUUAUAGAAGUCAACAUCACGAAGACCAUCGUGAAAUGGAUUUUUUUAAGGAGAGGAAGACCGAACUUAGGAAAAUUAUGGGUCGGGAUCAUUUGCACCAUAAAAUCGAUUGCAAUUUGGAGGAGGACCGACUCGCCUACAAAUACUUGAGGCUACAUACGAUCCGAAAGCUUCUUCUCCAGGCAGUAUCCAAUAUACCCGUUCAACUGAGCAACAUGCAGCUCUGUAAGACGCCCAAGAUGAUUGACAUUGAUGGAUUAAUCCAGAAGGAGUUCAGGGACAAGUUGAAGAGAAUCGCAAAGAAAAUCCCCCGGAUCAAUAACGCCAUCAAAACUUCGAACGAGGCGGCCAUCUGUGAUGUCGACAGCAAGAUCACAGAGAUCAAAUACGAGAUUCGUGAGAUAAAAGAGUUUAUAAAGAACAACGAUACCGAGGAUCUUGAACUCAGCCAUGAGGCCGAGUAUCAAGAGAAUUGGAGAUUAUUUGGGUACCGGCAGGAACUGAAGCUCAAGUCACCGGAUUUCGACUACACUAUUGACGACAUUCAUGUGGAGCAGUCCAAGAUCGAGAUCAGGGAGAGCAAAGGAGGCAAGGGUUAUAAGUUCUGGAGCGUGAGAUUGAUGAGGGAGCCUUACCAGUACGGCACCUACUACGUCAAGCUAUAUGUCAAGAGGUCCAAUAUGCACCGCCAUGAGAUCCGCAAGAGGAAGAUCAGGUUGGAUUACUCUGAAGCGAUAUUGAAGGGGCUGAUUCGGGAGCGCGAGCUAUUAGGAAGAACGGACAUGGGAGACAAGGACAGGCUAGCUCAGAGACGCCAGUUGUUGGCAGAGAAGAAUAUUUGCUGGAAUAUGAUCACUCGAGCGCAACGGAACACUCUUCAUCUGAACCUGUUCAAGGCCAUUGCAGAUGCUGGGGUGUACGAAGGUUCGUCUGCGGAUUGCACCCAGAAGGUCGUGGAGUUUUAUUCGACCUACAGACCUACAGAGGGCGAAGAGGUGGCCUUGAAGCCGGAUCAAUCACGUCAGCGGGAACCAUAGUCUGCGCUGUCGUUUGUGUAGCGGUUAAUAGUGGACUUAGGAUACUCACGUUCUGCUAGAAGCCUCUUUUCCUUUCUCACGUCUGCCUGGCAGCCAGUUUUCU